CUAAAUUACUAAAAAAUAUUUUGAUCUAAAUUCUAUCUUAUUCCAAUAGUAGUAAAGAUGUUCAAUUGUCUACUUGAGCGUGUAACUUAAUAGAAAAUAGUAGAAAUAGUCUCAUUCGUAGUAAAAAAUGACGACACCAGGGAAAUAUUUUCAAUCGGUCAAAACAAAGGGAAAUACGAUUGAAGACAUGAAUGAACUGCGUUGCGUUACGUAGUGUGUUAAAACUCGGCAAACGCCCCACCAGACUUUAAUUGUGCCACAGAAACAGUUAAAAGUUCUAGUUAAUGUGAUUAAAGUGCUCAACAAUGGCUGCAGCGUUCGACUCGCCCAAAUACCAUAACAGUUUAAUUUGCUGCAGCCCACGAACUGCGGACGCUUACUCGAAAUCGUCCUCGUCGACCUCGGGUUGUGUCUCGGCUGAUGAAAGCUACGAUUCCUUAAAUCAAGUACCAAAAACGAUAGCGAUCAAAAAAUUAAAGAUCCACAGCACAGCAACGAAAGAAGAAGUCGAAAAGGCGAUAAAACAGUGCAAGGAACUGAUUUUAAACAGCCAACAGUGCUCCGAUGAGCGUAAAUGGCUCGUUAGAUAUCUAGUCGAACUGCGAUUACGUUUAGAAGAUAUUAAGGACACUGACGGACAGCCUAGAUUAGGCGUGUGUAUAAAAGGUCACCAUUUUAAGCAACAAACGACGCCUCAGAACAGAAAACAGUACUGCGACCAUUGUAGUGGUGUAAUAUGGAGUAUUGUACAAAGCUCGUAUAUAUGCAGCGACUGUGGUUAUUUAAGUCAUUACAAAUGUGUGGACUACAUUUGCAGAGUGUGUGCGCAUGUUGUUAUGACGGACAAGGGGCAGUUUGAGAUGGAUAUCUGUCCGGAAAAAGGUUUAGCAGCUCAAGAUUAUAAAUGUGCGGAAUGUGGAUCAGCGCUGACCUUUAAAGAUGCCUGGAACGAGCCAAGGCUAUGUGACUAUACUGGCUUGUACUUCUGUGCAACUUGUCAUUGGAAUGAUCAAUCGGCGAUACCUGCUAGAGUUGUACAUAAUUGGGACUGGGACAAGCAUUAUGUAUCACGCCUCGCCUUCCAGAUGCUAAAUCUAGCUUGGAAUCUGCCUUACAUAGAUGUAGAGAAAAUCAAUCCGAAGCUGUUUAACUUUAUAGCGGAACUUGAAUGGGUGCAUAAGAUGCGGAAAGACCUUGAGUGGAUGAGGAGAUACUUGUGUGCCUGUUCAGAGGGCUCCACUCUUCUUUCACCAUUAUUUAUGCAGCUAGGAGAUAUAAAUAAGAAGUACAGUAUGGCACAUUUGCAAGCGAUUAAUGACGGGACUCUAGAAACACAACUAACAGAGUUGACAGAGGUCUGCCGCACUCACAUAACCAACUGCAAUUUAUGCUCAGGAAAGGGAUAUCUAUGUGAAAUUUGUAUUAAUAAUGAGAUUAUCUAUCCAUUUGACAGUGGGGCCAUUAUGUGUAACAAAUGUAACACCAUGUUACAUCGAGUAUGCUGGCUCCGCAAGGGACAGAAAUGCCCCAAAUGUGUCCGAUUAGAAGAACGUAAAAAACUACAUGAAGUUACUGACGAAGCUGAUACAACCGCUGAACAUGAAUAUGACAUAGACAAAUUUGUUGAAUGAUUUGACAUUAAUAUUUUAUUUUCUACCUUAUUUUUGCCAAACUGACAUUUAAGUCACUGGACUUGCAAAAUAUACAUGCAAUUUUGUAAAUUAACGUUAAACGGUGCUGUACAUUUUAGCAAUAAAAUAUGAUCAAAGCUUUAAAUAAAUGGCGUAAUUAAAAGAGGUUCACAACUUGGCAAUACUUUAAGCUUCCUCAAAUACCUAUAAUUUAGACUAAAAUAUGAACUCACUUAAAAAUUUUAAUUAUGAACUAUUUAAUGAUCUAAACCUUGUAUUAAUUGAUAUUAAAAAAAAUUAAUUUCAUGUAAAUUGGCUUUUUUGUGUAAGUAUAAUCUUUUGACUACUAAUAAUUUGUUUAUUAUGAUUUCAAUGUAUUUCACUAUUUUUGUAUUGACUUUCUUUUGACAUAAUAAAUAUCUAUGGCCAGGCACUGAUCAUCCGAAAAGUCCUCAUCAGAUAUAUCUGACUGAACAAGAUGCUCAUAUCAUCUGAAUGUGAUUAUCAUAAAUAUUUCAUGUUCAUUAUGUUCAACUUCAACUAUUUUAGAGCAUUAUAUAUCUAUAGUACAGAUAUAUUUGAUGAUGGACUAAAAAAUUAAAUCAGCCUUGCUUCAAAUUAUAUGUAGAUUUAAAAAUUGGACUUCCAAAUAAGGUUGACAUGUAGAAUGUAAACAUUUAAUUAAAUAUAGUGACAUUGUUGUGUUUAUGUAUUCGUAUUAGACCAUACAGAUGUCAAGGGAAUAGACGGCCUGUGAUUUUGUAUGUUGUUCCAUUAUCUUGUAUGUUAAUGUUAAGUUAGAUAUUUUGUUAAAUUUAUAUUUACAGUAAAAUAUUAAAUCUAUUACAAUGAAAUUGUAUUUAAUUUAAUGAGUCAGUAAAACCAUUUCUCCAUU